AUGGAACACGAGUCGCUCCGAUUGCGCGCUGCUGUGGUGUAUGCUCUAACUCUCGCAGCUCAGCCUGCCUGUGGGCAGCAGUUGGGUUCCACGUUCCAGCGCCGAUUCAUCCUCGGCCGCGGCGCCUGCGCCACGCCAGGCGGCGGCCAGGGCUCCUACUCGGAAGUUUGGGAGCUGUCGCACGAGCGGUGUGCAGAGGCGUGCUUGAACGACCGCGAGUGCGUCGCGUACGAGUACUCGACGACGAAACGGUACAAACUGUGCGAGAAGCACAAAGAGGUCCCUUCGCACUCAGUGCCAGUCGACAACAGCGCGUGCUUUGUCCUCGAGAGCGCGCUCAGCCUAAGAACCUUCAAACCCUUUCGGGGCGGGGACGCGAGGUAUCGUGGAGCAGUCUCAGCGGCCGGCCCGCUAGGAUGGCCUCCUCCCCCGCCGGCGAUCGUCGUCCCUCCGCGGGCGUGCGGCUCGCCGUCGUCGAUGCCGUCGUCGAUGCCAUCGUCGAGCAGCGGCGGCGAUGGGUUUGCCGGGUGCGACUUGCGGCUCGUUCAGUGGGACGGCCUCAGCGUAGAGUCAGUCAACCUGGACGGCGCGGACCUCUCGGGCGGCAGCUUCACCCGCGCGCAGUUCUUCCGCUCCACGCUCCGCGCGACUUUCGUCCGCACGAACCUCUCGCGCGCGACUUUCCGAGGAGCGAAUUUGGAGGGGGCCGACUUCACUCUGGCCAGAGGAACGACGCCCUCGACCUUCGACAUGGCGCGAGGGCACUUCAAGGCGCCCGACCCCGCCGCGAGCCAAGUCAAGGCGGGUUGUGCGGCGCUGCCGGCCUUCGGCGCCUCGUACCCCGGCUGUGACCUGCGGGCGAGAAGCUGGGACGGCGUCAACCUCGAGCAGGCGCGAGAUCGCCCCGAGAGGCCACCCGGGGCGGACCUCCGCGGCGCGAGCCUCAACUCCGCGCGCCUCGACGACGCGGACCUGACCAAGGCGGACCUGGUCGGCGCAGAGCUCACCGAGGCCUCCCUCCGCCGCGCAGACUUCCGCAUGUCGCAGCUCGGCGCCGCAAAGGCGGAGGAGGCGGACUUUUCCGACGCGGUCGCGGAGAAGGCGCUCUUCGAGGGGGCGGCCGCGCCGCGCGCCCAGUUCGCUCGCGCGCGGCUGGCCGAGUCCCAGUUCAACGGGGCGAGGCUGGUCGGGGCGAGCUUCGCUAAGGCGGACCUGGUGGGCGCCUCGUUCAAGGACGCGGCCGUCGAAGGGGUCGACUUCACGGGCGCGCUCAUGGAUGUGGCCACCGACUUCACCGGCGCAAUUGGAGUCGACAAAGUCGCCGCGUGGCCGGCCGGGUACAGCCCCCCGCUUGGGUAG